UUUCUUUCCCAAAGAACACUUUUUUUUCCCUCAUAAUAUACUUAAUAUGUCUCGUUUAUUAUUAUUGUUGUUGUUGUUGUUGUUUACAAUUUUCACAUUGACAUCCGCUAAAAUUCCAGCUGUUAUUGUGUUUGGAGAUUCAUCUGUGGAUUCAGGAAACAACAAUGUGAUUAAAACAUUGUUGAAAAGUAAUUUUAGGCCUUAUGGACGUGACUUUCUCACCGGACAACCCACCGGAAGAUUCUCUAACGGCAAAGUACCGCCGGAUUUUAUUUCUGAAGCUUUUGGUUUGAAACCAACCGUUCCUGCUUACUUAGAUCCAGCUUUUACUAUUGCUGAUUUCGCCACCGGAGUUUGCUUCGCCUCAGCUGGUACUGGCUUCGAUAACUCCACCUCCGACGUCCUAAAUGUGAUACCACUGUGGAAAGAAGUGGAGCUUUUCAAAGAGUAUCAAAGAAAACUAAGAGGAUAUCUUGGGAAUGAGAAGGCAAAUGAAGUAAUAAAGGAAGCAUUAUAUUUAGUAAGUUUAGGAACAAAUGAUUUCUUAGAGAAUUACUACACAUUUCCUCAUAGAAGACUUCAAUUUAGCAUCCAACAAUUUGAAGAUUUCCUAUUGGAUUUGGCAAGAAAUUUCAUCAAACAACUUUACCAUGAUGGAGCCAGAAAAUUUUCUUUCACAGGACUUCCUCCAAUGGGUUGUUUGCCACUUGAAAGAGCAACAAAUGUUAUGUCCAACUUUGAUUGUGUUGAUAAAUACAAUCUUGUGGCUUUGGAAUUCAACAACAAAUUGGAAGCUUUUGUUUCAGAUUUGAAUACUCAACUCCCUGGCCUCACCAUGAUUUUUUCAAAUCCUUAUCCCAUCUUUUAUCAAAUCAUCACCAACCCAUACUUAUUUGGGUAUGAAGAGGCUGGAAAGGCAUGCUGUGGAACAGGUACAUUUGAGAUGAGCUAUUUGUGCAAUGAUCAAGAGAAUUCAUUUACAUGUCCAGAUGCAAAUAAGUAUGUGUUUUGGGAUGCCUUUCAUCCUACUCAAAAAACCAACCAAAUUAUUGUCAACCAUUUGCUUCCAUCUCUUCUUUCCACUUUUAAUUAAUUCAUAUCAUUCUCUCUUCUUUUUCAAUGAUUCAUUUAUAAAAAUUAACAAUAUUAAUUCUAUUUUUCAA